CACUCGUAUUUCACAAUAAUAAAAACACAAUUUUUAGAGAGAUACAACAUUUCUACGCUUAAUUUAUUUAUAUAUAGCGUCAAAUCCAUUUCAGUGUAUACCCUGAUAUGACGAUUUAUAUAGAUUGUAAGACGGAUUGCGAGGGCGGAGUGCCGGAGUGGGCGAUCGUGGAGCUGCAAGGGCUGGUCCAGAUGAAGAAAGAUGGCACUGAGGGAGGCACGGUUGUCGGAGACCUGCACUAUCACGCCCGCUCCGGGCACCCCACUCUCAUCCUAGGACACCACAUCUUGAGCGGAAAAGAAGUCAAAUUAGAACAACCAAUGGCAGUCCUCGAAAAAGUAACAAAAGAAGACAGCACCGAAUACAAAGUUAAAGCAAUAGUGAAGAAGAAAUUGCUGUUCAAGUCUAGACCGAAACCUAUCAUUUCCAAUGUUUCUGAAAGAGUGUGAUAUAUGUAAAAUUAAAAAUAAAGUUAAGGUUCUUA